AUGGAUAAACAUGACGAUCCGGAUACAUUCCGCUUUGACACUCACUUCAAUGCGCCACCAGACCUCUUGAGAAAGAGGUUGCUCAAUCACAGUAAUGUAGUGUUUGGAUACUAUUUCAAUCAACUAUUAAUAUCUGGUUCACUACCAGACAAUGUGACCAGUCUGACUGUUGGGGACUCAUUCGACCGUCCCAUCCAACCAAACACUUUGCCACCGGCACUAAGAAAGCUACAUUUUGGACAUACCUUUGACCAACAGUUGUUGCCUGGAGGUCUUCCGAAUUCAAUCAUUACGAUCACAUUUGACAGACUCUUCAAUCAGGAGAUUCCAGUCGGUUCCCUCCCUGCGUCAUUGACCAGUUUAAGGCUAAGCCGUAUGUUCAACAGAGCCUUUCUUGUUGGAUCACUUCCAGAGACACUUAUUGAGCUGGAUGUGGGCGAAGACUUUAAUCAACCCAUCGAUCCAGGUGCUCUUCCUGCCUCACUUAUAAGGUUGAGGUUUGGUGAGAUGUUCAACACCUCUUUGUACAAACAAUCUCUGCCACUUGGUCUGUUGGAGCUCAAAUUUGGACGCGUCUAUUCAAAGAAGUUUGAUCAUCCACUGCCUCCAGCACUCAGAAAACUCAACUUAUCUGGUUCAUCCUACAAUCAUCCAUUCGCAUCUCGUAUACUACCAAGUACACUUGAUCAUUUAAUACUUGGACGUGAUUUCAAAUGUGACAUCGAGGUGCCACUCCCAUCCAGCAUCACCAGAUUGUCCUUUGGAGGUUUCGCCAGGCCAUUGACAAUUGAUACACUGCCAUCUUCGCUCCAAAGACUGACCUUUGGAUCAGAUUUCAAUCAUCCUGUGGAGCCAGGCAUACUGCCAAGGUCUCUUACGAAACUAUCAUUUGGCAAUCAAUUCAUAUCUACAUUCAACCCAGGCUUGCUACCCUCCCUAAGCGACCUCAUCUUCACUGGCCAAUUCAACCAACCCUUGUCUUUGGCCAAUCUAUUACCAUCACUCACUUGCUUGACAUUGUCCUGCAAUUAUGUACAGCCAUUGGCAAGAAAUAUGUUCCCAGCCAGUCUACAGACAUUGAAGUUUAAAUUCGUGAACUCUAGAAAGAACAUCAAGUCCCAGAGCGACGCUCCAUACUGUCAUGAUCUGUUGGACUUUAGUAAUGUCAACAUCCAUAUAGUAAUUUGGCUCGAAGAUCAUAUUAUGUACCUGCGAGUCAUGGAUGACGACUACUCAUUAAUAUUGUCUGACAACUUUGAAGGCAGGAUUGUUAAGAACACAACAGUAUUCGUAGACUAA